UGUCUUGUUGUAUAAAGAACUACUUUAUUGUACAAACUCAAAUGUAUUCUGAAGAUGCAAACAGUACAUUUUUUCGUGAACUUUUGGACUGUAUUACACUUAAUAUGGGUUUUGGACUGUAAAAAUAUUGAUGAAGACGAAAUGUGGAUGGUCGGAGUUAACUCAUAUGGGUCCAAUCGUAGCUCCCAGUCGUACCCUGGCUAUGGGAGCGAGUGGGUCUACUUCCCGGAUGGGAACGGCGUUCCUCACUUCGCCAAUUUGACCCUGACCGAUCACGAUUCGUUGCGUGUGGGUAAACAUGUACAUAUUGAAAACAGAUUAUACACCAGGGGAUCAUCCGACCACAUAAACAUAAACGAGUCAGCGCAGUCACACGUGCUCCCCGACAUAGCCAGGCUCUUGUCGAAUAAACCUGUAAAAUUGGUGACUCACGGCUGGUUGUCAUCUGACGGAGACAACAUGAUGACCGGCAUAAUUGAUGCUUACUCGAAACACCGAGAUGUCGUUGUAAUAUCAAUAGACUGGAGUGGUACGGCGAGUAAUAUAAACUACCCAUUCGUAGCAAUGCGCGUGGCUGAAGUUGGAACACGAGUUGCAAAAUUUUUGGAUAUGUUCUGCGCACUUUAUCAAAUUACUGGCGAUAGACUGCACUUGAUCGGACAUAGCCUUGGCGCACACGUGAUGGGUAUUGCUGCGUCGAAAACGAAAUUGACUGUAGGAAGAGUGACUGGCCUUGAUCCAGCACGGCCUCUUUUCGAGUAUCCAAAGACACUGAAGAUGGGGCUGACGCCUUCCGCCGCCGAGUUUGUGGACGUGAUCCACACUUGCGGUGGAACCUUGGGCAUCGAUGAGAACGGUGGCCAUGUCGAUUUUUAUCCCAACGGUGGCAAAUCGCCACAGCCGGGGUGUGACAGCAAGUUUUUUAUAUUUGUUCCAGAGCCAUGCAGCCAUUCAAGAGCCCACAAGUAUUUUUCGGAAUCCAUCGCGAAUCCUAGAGGAUUUCCCUCUUGCCAGAGUAAAGGCUGGGCGGAAUAUUUAAGCAGUACCGCGUGUAAAGAGACGACGGUUAUGGGUGAGGAUGUCGACCGGAAUUCAAGAGGACAGUAUUAUUUAAGUACAAAUGCGAAGGCACCCUUCGCUACUAAUAAACCUAAAGCACUUGUAGUGAAGUGAUUCUGUGAGCUGUAGUUUGAUUCAAGCGCGGAUCCAGCUUCGUGCCCAGGGGGCGGUCACGUGGUAAAGGCCCGGGGCCCCAGGGGGGGGGGGGUCACGUGGUCUAUAUUUGUAUGGCCAACUUAGGGGGGAGGACCCCCAUGACCCCCCCCCCUGUAUCCGAGCAUGGUUUGAUUGACUGUUGUGAGACUGUUUUUCAGCAAUUCUCGAAAAGUUUGUACAUUUGGAUCACGUCUCUGAUUUUGAUAAAAAUUGGUAGGCUGGUAGAGUCCAUGAUG